AUGCCUAUUUCUGCUACUCCUGCAACCCUCCGCCAGAAGAGGCCGCUACUGAAUGCAGCACUCAAGCUUGCCGUCGUCUUCGUUAUUAGCACGCUGGUUCUAGGUGGGACGCUGUAUUUGGCAAUGCCGCCUUUAGAUCCCGAGGACCGCCCCCUUUUGCAUCUCCCCAAGUCCUUCCAGGACCUCAAAGCGCUGGACUUCUUGCUCAAGAAGUACAAGCGCAUGUAUCCAUUCCGCACUGUAUUGUGUUUCGUCGUCGUGUAUCUAUUCGACCAGGCAUUCUCUCUCCCUGGGUCAAUGUAUCUCUCUAUCCUGUCUGGCGCCGUCUGGAACCCCUUCUUUGCUGUACCUCUAUGCUGUUUCUGUGUCGCAACCGGCUCUGCCUUAUGCUACCUGCUCUCAGCAGCAUUGGGCCCCGCAUUGCUCGCCAUGCCAAAAUGGGCAGAACGAGUAGAGCGCUUCAGAGUCACACUCGAAAGCCAGAAAGCGAAUCUCUUUUCGUUCCUCAUCAUUCUUCGCAUCGCUCCGCUCCCACCCCACUGGGUCACGAACAUCCUUUGCCCGCACCUUGGAGUCCCCCUCCCGUUCUUCUGGCUAUCCGCUUUCCUGGGCAUCCUUGCUCCCACCGUUAUCCAAGUGACGAUCGGGGGUGGUCUGGAGCAGAUGACUUCUCCAAAGGAUUUCCACCUGCUCUCACCGCGCAAUGUCCUCAGUCUGGGGGCGAUCGUUGUCGCCGCACUCGUGCCAGUCGUCCUCAGAUGGGCAUUCAAGGAUCGCGUAGAUGCCGUCGCGGAAGUGGAAGCAACGGCCGACGUCGCUGCGCACGGUCCGCGCAGUCCGACCAUCUCCAUCGGUAUCCGCAGCCCGACCGUAUCCGUACGACCGCUGUCUCCGUAUCAUGACCAGCCCGCCUCCCCGCGCUCCCACGUAUCGGCCGAACCGGGGAUCGUCUGGCCGCCUAAGGGCAACUCUCUCCUCGUCCUGCUCAAGGACGACGACGACGUUGUCGAAGUAGAAGAGGAGGACGAGGAUGGGCACAAGGUUGCUGUCGCUGGAGGAGUCGCGAUGCCUGAGGAUCAGCAGGGGCAGGGCAGCAGAUGGAGAUGGCUCAACGGGUGGUGGCACGAAGGUGUACGAUUGAGCUGA